AUGGCAGAUUCUUUUUUCGGGAUCGAUACUUCGUUAUCGAACUUAAAUGACGACUGUGGUGCUGAACCUUCGGAGGAGGAGUAUGAUGCUCUUAACAAUGAGACCUUUGGACAUGAUGAUGAUCUCGAUUGGGAGGUGGAACAUGAGCAACACGCAAACCAGGUGGAGAGCAGUAGGCGUCAAAAUGCUAUGGACGAGGCUGAUUCAAGACUCGAAGCAUCAUUAUCUCAGCUAGUGUUGGAUGAUGGUGAUGUCCAGCCAAGAACGUCUCUUGGCUCCAGUGUGUGGAGACAUGACUUCUUUCCUACACCACCUGUGGCUGCGGCUCCACCUCUUAAGAAUGUUUGUACAGUGGAGGAACUGGAAAGGCAAUUGCGACAAAAUCAACCACCUCAAAAUUACAACCAAAAUUACUUUCAGCCAAGGUUUCCACCAGUUAUUUUACAAAGACCACCGGGACUACAAGCGCCGGUUUCAUUACCUUUCGCGCCACAACAACCAAUUGGUCAUAAUCUGAACCAAAUGAAUAAAGCUAUGGGUCAAAAUCUACCCAACAACCAGCUAAUGAACCAUUUACCACAAAACAUGAAUUUGGGGCAGAGCAAAUUGAACCAAUUUCUGCAAAACAACCAAUUUCAAAAUGUGGGACAUGGUAUCAUUAACCAAAUGCAACAAAAUAUGAACCAGAUGGGCCAAAAUGUCAACCAGAUGGGUCAGAAUGUCAACCAGAUGGGUCAGAAUACCAACCAAAUGGGACAAAUGCAUUUAAACCAAUUUCCGACUUUAAAUCAAAAUCAGAUGCCACAAAAUUUUAAUCAAAUGGGACAAAUGAAUCACAUAGGACAAAACCAAAAUUUGAAUCAAAUACAUAAUGUCCCUAUGAACCAAAACUCUAAUCAAAAUAACCAGAUGGGUCAAAACUCCCAUCAGAUGGGUCAAAAUGCCAAUCAGAUGAUGCCAAAUGGGAAUUUUGGCGGAAAUUUUCACAAUAUGAUGGGAAACCCAAGAAUGAUGGGACCUCCUCCCGGUAUGGGAAUGCCGAGGCAGAAUUUUAACUCAAACGCUAAUCAAUUUAAUCAGAAUUUUCGGGCCCCACCACCAAAACCCGAACAGAUAAAGGCUAAACAAAACCAAACCCAAUCACCGAAGAAGCGUCCGGAGCCAAAAAUUAAAAGUCAAGUUUACAAUAAUUCCCAAAAGCUGACAUCGCAGAAUUUGGUUGAAAUGAUUCAAAAUACGCAUCCGAUGUUGAUGUAUAACAGCUUUCACAACGCGAGCCAUCAUCCAAUGCUGGGAAGGAAUUUUAACAACAUAAUCCACCCGAUGUUGGGGCAGCGGAAUGGUGGAUAUAACCUCAGCCAAGACUCCACCAGCGACGACGGAAGUACGUCCAGCGAUGUCGACGAAUACGCGGGGUUGAUGACGCAACGCGAGAAACAAUGGCUCAUUAAUAUACAGAUGUUGCAACUUAAUACGGGAACACCCUAUAUACACGACUUUUAUUAUACGGUGUUCUUAGAGAGAAAAGCGAACAAAGAGAAAGCCGGUAUCAAGGAAGCGCACAAGGCAAACCAACAGAACCAUCCCUUCUAUAGUGGAGGUGUUAAACAAGAAGACAACCAUAGACACAGAGAGAGACACAACUCACACAGACACAACUCGACAAGUGAAGACCAGACAAGGACAUAUGUGCCGCUGCAGUUUGAGAACUCUUUGGGGAAGCUACAGUGCGGCAGUGUAACAGCCCCACGUAAGAUCAUCGACGUCGAGGUAGUGGGUUCAGAACCAGCUGGGUCACGAUUGUCACGAGCACCCAGUGUUGCUAGCUCCACUCAUCCGUCUGAGAUACCUCGGGAGAUGAAAAGAACGAAACAGCUUCUAUUGGACAUCGAAGCUCUGUACCUUAUUUUGUUGAGGCUGGAGGAACUGAAUGAUCCGUUGGCGAUAUCUAAUGCCCUCAUAUUAAAGGAAAGAGAAGAGAAACAGAAGCAACUAGAAGCAGCGCAGAAAGAGUCUGAAGUGCAGGAGGAUGAUUCAAAUGUAUUCUUAAAGAAUAUAGAGUCGGUGCAACGAAGGCCUAAACAGGACAGUCCUAAGAGUGAUUGUGUGGAUAAAAGACAGGUAGUGAAUCUGGCGAUAAAUCAGAAGCCAGUUCCCGUGAAGAAUCUGUUGGAUGAGGACAGGGAUGAAUUACUCAGCAAAAUGUUCACCGGGUUAUUGUAUGGAGACAGGCUGUCUCAGAUGCUGACUGUGAGAAAGGGACGGGUUCUUGUCACCCGUUUCAUCACACGUGUACCGGCGACACAUUCGCGACUUCGCUUUCUCUGGUGCCGUAUGUUACGCGCUCUACCUUCCACAAGAUGCAGGUUCGACUCCCGGGUGGCUGAAUUGUCGGAACAUUAUCGCAAAUACAUACAAAACAGUUCUGCAUGGAUAGCAGUGUUGGAGUGUUGUGGGAUUAUCGCUGAAACUCUGGAUCCCGCUAGGACCCCGUAUGCGCUUACAAAUCCUUUAACUCUGAGCUGCGUUUGCGCAUUGGCCGAAAAGGCAAUGGUCCUCUCGAACACGCCAGAAGCGACAUCCAGCGAACGGCAGUGGUUCAAAUUUCUCAAAACUGUCGCGAGAGCGCUCAAAAAUACAACUUUGAAUGUGGCAAAACCGGUUUCGCCACUGUCAGAGACCAAACUGCUGCAUCAUAUCAAGCAGCUGGAAUCCAGAAGUACCAUAGAGAUACUCCAAAGAGGUAAAAGGGCGUCCGAUUUCGCGGAUUUGACGAAAAAUGACGUUUCCGAGCUUUUAAUAAGGUUUUUGUGCUAG